AUGUGUUCAAUCCAAUUUCUAUUUGCUUAUUUAAUUUACCAAUUCAAUUUGCAAUAUGAAAAUAUCGUUUUGAUCUUCCGAUCUGAUAGAAUAUUGAAUAUUGCCACUGCACAAGGAGCUAAACCGGUUGUCCUGAUUGAACGUAACGACCCUCACGCAAUUCACUUCAACGAUAGUGACGUGCGUAAUAGCGCAGCAGAAACGGUGACGGAGUGA